AUGUCACAGACCACAUUCCACGGCCUCCUUGAUCAAAUGAAGAAGGAAGUGCUGGUCGACGAGGUGCCGGCGACGCUCAUGUGGCUGCUCACCGGGCUGGGACAGGAGGCGCUGUUAUGUAGAAACGCGGCAUACCUUCCCUUUGUCGCUUGGGCGCAGACGUUGGUUCCUUCUGGUCCACCAGAGAGUGGACAAGCGCCAUACGGGGCUUGCACGACAGGCGAGGGCCGUUCACUAUCACAAUCGAAGAAGCGCAAAAUCGGCGACGACUUUGUUGACUUACAAGAGAGCGUGGAGCAAACGACAUCUCACGCUCCAAAUCUGCAAAUGAUGGUGCCUGCUUGGGAGACUUCAAACGAAGGCGAGAGGCCACCACAGUCAAAAAAGCGCAAAACCAGCGACGGCUAUGUUGACGCGCAAGAUAUCGCCCAACAAACGGCAUUUCACUCGCCAAAUCCGCAAAUAAUGGCAAAUGGAUUGUGGCUUUCGAACGAAGACAAGGUAGCGCUGUCUGUAUGGGGGCUUCCAAACGAAGACGAGGGGCCGUCACAGUCGACAAAGCAUAAAACCAACGACAGCUAUGGUUACAUGCAAGAGAGCGUCCAGCAAACAGCGUUCGAUGAUCCGAUCCAGCAACUGUUGUUUCCCGGACCAGGGCACGUGGUCACCUGCCCGGGCUUUUCAACGCAUACCCUACAGUCGACAUGUAUGAAGUACCCGAUCAUAUGUGUCUACCUUGAGCCCAGUUUCGGAAGAAGGGGCGGUCAGGAGAACUGA